AUGCUCAGCAGCUCUGGGACAUUUGAGAAUCUCUGCAGCGCCAUUAUCAACAGCGAAAAUAAAGAAGAGCCGCUAAAACAGCUGAAGGCCUACCUUCUAGCCAACAAUGAGCGAAAGCACAAGAUAGUUGAAAGCUUUGGCAUCCUGACUGUUUUUCUCAAAGAAAUAACAACGAUAUACGACUAUUUGACGCUGGAAGGCACAGCCAUUCCAGAGAACAUCUACACAAUACUGGAAAUAUCUAUCAUACUCACGGAUGUAGACAGCUUCAUAGAGUAUGUGAUAAACUCGAACCUACUGCUGUAUUUAUACCCCAUCAUCAACUCUUCCAUACGGAACGAAGAGACAGAAGAGCUGAAGUACAUCACCCUUCGCUUCAUCAAGUGCAUUCUUAAGAAGAACAAAAUAGAAAACCUCAUAGAAUUCUUUAAGAACACAGAGCUAGUCCCUCUGUGCCUGCGCAACAUGGAGCUAGGGCGCGAAAAAACAAAGAUAGAGGCCAGCGAGGUCUUUUAUCUCAUCAUUUCGAUAAGAGAAGGGCUGGAGUACUCCUGCCAGACAUACGACAGAUUUAUGGCGAUAUCGAUGAUUCUCAACUCUGUUCUUGUGCAGCUGGAGAUAAUACAGUCCGCCAAGCUCCUGGAGCUAACGAUAAAAAUAUACACAAAGCUGUGCGACAUGCCAAAUGCCAAGCUAGCGUUUAACAAAAACAGGCCGCACAUGCUCUACACAGAAACAAUCAGAGAGCUGGUGCGAACCAACCCCAAUGUAAAAACAGCAUACGAUGAUUUUCUAAACAUUCUGCAGAAUUAA